UUACUUCACGCAGGAGGUGCAAGUACCUCAAAGGUUAUAGAAAUAAGUGAUGAUAACAAGAGACGAAGGAAAAACACUAAGCCUCGUCAUUUAAGUUCCUAUGGGAAGAGGACUAGUAAAACUUCAGAAACUGACAUCAAGGGCAAAGGCAAAAGAGUUUGCAUCAAAACUGAAUUUGAUGUAAGACAGAUGAAGAAAAACUAUUCUUGUGGAGUGGUCCUGAAAGAACCUGUCAUGGAGAAUUUUCCCAUUGUCACUCCUCUAGUUAGGUCAGACCAAAUCAAUGACCGUCAAGAUAGACCUGAGAAGGCAAAGAGUCUGGAACUUUUUGACUUUGAGCAUUGUGUCAAGCUCAUACGACAGCUAGAGUGUUCAGGUCACCUAGAGAGCAGCUUUCGACAGAAAUUUUUGACUUGGUUUAGCCUAAGAGCGACGACCGAGCAGAUAAGUGUUGUCAAGACGUUCAUUCAUUCUUUCCAGGAUGAUUCAGUGGCUCUGGCUGAACAGCUCGUUGACAUAUUUUCUUAUUGCGUAUCGACAAAGGGUUCUGGGACGAUUGGUGUAGGCCAUGGAGGUGGCAGUAGUGGUGCGUCAUGUAAGAAGCCGCGACAUUAA